CGGAAAUCCUUGGGUCAAGUGUCAUACAAAGAGAAAUUUCAGCUCUUCCGUAUCUUCUUCGCGGUAAUUUGAGUUUGUGGUGAAACCGGUACGAGACUUCCACUGGCGUUCCGUGUCUUCUUCUUUGCUAUGUCAGCUUGUCUAGACGCUUACCCUUGAUACACUUGUUGCUAUACGUAUCUUUUUUCUUUACCUUUCGAGUGAAAUAAAUAGUAGCCAUCCGUCCUGCUUUGUGGCAAUUAACAAGUAGUACUUUCAAAUAUUCAAACAUUCAGAUACAUUUUUACUUCUACCUACCCCGUACUACCUUUUACUGGUAUCACGUCGCAUCACAUCACAUCAACUCAGUCAUAUUCCAGUUACAUACUUGAUGACAACAAUGUAUGUAUCAAGGGUAUCUACAAGACCCCUUUCAGCGCAAUCAGCAGCUCAGCUAUCAAAAGCUGUGGCUUUCUUUGCUCAAUCUUAUGGGCUGUCUUCAAAUGCAUGUACUGCACCUACACCAUCGAGAAGAGCAUUUACAUCUGCUUCAAAAAUUCAAGUAAAGGGAAGAGAUCUUUUUCCAGAACCUGAACAUGGACAGAUUAAGAGAACGGAACCUGCUUGGCCUCAUCCACCCUAUACCGCCGAACAAAUGCGCAGUAAAGUCUACUUUGCACAUCGCAAACCUCGAGAUUUUUCCGAUCGCGUCGCAUUGGGAAUGGUGCGUUUCCUGAGAUGGUGUACGGAUUUUGCAACGGGAUAUAAACAUAAUGUUGAAGCACCCAAGAAGGCAUCCGAUAGCAAUGCACUUACAGCCACAAAACCAUAUCAAAUGAGUGAGAGGAAAUGGUUGAUUCGUUAUGUGUUCUUGGAAUCGGUAGCAGGGGUGCCAGGGAUGGUGGCGGGCAUGUUGAGACACUUGAGGAGCUUGAGGGGGUUGAAGAGAGAUAAUGGUUGGAUUGAAACAUUACUUGAAGAAGCAUAUAAUGAACGCAUGCACCUCCUCACCUUUCUUAAAAUGUACGAACCCGGUAUCUUCAUGCGCACCAUGAUCCUUGGCGCCCAAGGCGUCUUCUUCAAUUCCUUUUUCCUCUGCUACCUCUUCUCCCCUCGCACUUGUCAUCGCUUCGUCGGCUAUCUCGAAGAAGAAGCAGUCCUCACCUAUACCCUCUCGAUCCAAGAUCUCGAAAAUGGCCAUCUUCCAAAGUGGGCGGAUCCGGAUUUCAAAGCUCCGGACUUGGCGGUCGAGUAUUGGGGUAUGCCGGAGGGAAAUCGAAGUAUGAGAGAUCUGCUGUAUUAUAUUCGAGCGGAUGAGGCGAAGCAUCGAGAGGUGAACCAUACGUUGGGAAACUUGAAGCAGGAUGAGGAUCCGAAUCCGUUCGUGAGUGAGUAUGGGAAGGAGAGGGGAGAGAAACCAGGAAAGGGAAUUGAGAGUUUGAAGCCGGUGGGGUGGGAGAGGGAUGAGGUUAUUUAGGAAGUGGAUUGAGAAUUGAGGCUUGAGGGUUGGGGGUUGAGUUUAUUGGGAAAGGCGUUUUUGGAAGAAUUCGAAAAGGAAGGAAGAUACCACUCUACUCUUUACAUAUAGGAGUACCAUUGGCGUUUUUUACACAGGUUUCAUAGAGGGCAUGGGAGAUAGAUCAUAGACAGAGAUGGAUUAGAUUAGAUGUAAGAAUCUUUGAUUCAUACUUGAAUUUUUCAGAUUAGAUCAUUAAGAUUAUUUAUUCAAUUGCAAUAUUUGAAUACAAUCUAAUACA